AUGGCGUCAAAUCGGAUCUUGGAUCUAGUUAAGACCCAAUGCCGUAUAUUCUCUCUUAAUUUCAACCCACAGCGACUUCGACUCGGAAAUAAGGUCUUGAGACAGCGCUUGCGUGGGCCAGCGCUUGCAGCCUGGUACCCAAAGCAGACUGUGUCUUUCCAAGAUCUACAAAACACUUAUAAACCUCUUGGAUUGACAACAUUUGACGAAGCUGAAGAUGACAGAGAAGAAGCCAUUCAGAUUGCCAAAUUACGAGGAAAGGGCCGGCCGAAGAAGAAACGAACUGCUGCAGGUAAGUUCCUCUACACCUAA